CCCCUCCGGACGGGCGGGAAUUCCCAGGAGGAGCGGGAGAAGCGGCGGCUGGAGCAGCUGGAGCGCCGCAAGGAGCUGCAGCGCCUGCUGGAGGAGGAGGAUUCCAAGCUGAAAGGGAAAACUCCCAAGCAGGGAAAUCCCGGGAAAAUCACCCGGGCGCAGAUCGAGGAGAACGUCCGGAAGGAGCAGCAGCAGAAGGAAAACCCCGACGGAGUGGAGAAGGAGAAAUCCCACCUGGAAUUGCCUCUGGAGGAGAACCUGAACCGGCGGCUGCCCGAGGAGGGCGCGGUGGAGGCGCGGAGCAUCGAGGACGCCAUCGCCGCCCUCAGCGUGUCCCAGCCCCAGGAGCGCCACCCCGAGCGCCGGCUCCGCGCCGCCUUCGCCGCCUUCGAGGAGCUGCAGCUGCCGCGCCUCAAACGGGACAAUCCCAACAUGCGGCUGAGCCAGCUGCGGCAGCUGCUGAAGAAAGAGUGGAUGAAAUCCCCGGAAAACCCCAUGAACCAGCGGCACAAGGCCUACAACAGCCACAAAUAGGACUGCAGCAUUCCCGGACUGGGAUUCUCCCGGGAAAAUCCUCCCUGGGAAAAUUCUCCCCGCGGGAUUCGCUCCUUUCUCCUCCCCCUCUCUUUCUCUCUCUCCCUCUCUUUCUCUCUCUCCGUGGAUUUCUCGAGGUCGGACUGAUGGCGCCUUCUCCUUCCCCAGAUUCCCUGGAAAAAGCAGCUCCCAGCA